CGACUGGAUUCGCAGGGGUGAGAGAAGAGUGGGUCAAUUUAACUUCAGGUUGAUAUGUUACUUUGAUGAGACAGGUUUUGAUUUAAUGAUGACGACAAAGGAAAAGUUAAGUGUAGACGGACUGCUAGUUCCAGCAUUUUUGCCACUUCAAACCUUAACGGACGCCCGGAAACGAAUUGCAGAUAUUGAAAAUUUACCCAUUAGGAAAGAUGACGUUUUUGUUAUUUGCUAUCCAAAAUCAGGAAACCAUUGGCUGAAUGAAAUCGUUCCCCGCCUUCAGAAUUCAUGUCUGGACACCCCUCACAAAAUGACCGACACCUUCUUAGAGUUUAUACCAAAUCUACAGGAAAUGGAGACUGUUCCUUCGCCUCGAAUAAUGGCAUCCCAUCUUCCAGUUAAAUAUAUUCCAAAGGAAAACAAUGGAAAAAUUAUCCAAUCCAUUCGUAACCCGAAGGACAUUGUAGUGUCCGCUUUUCAUCAUUAUACAAAAGAUCCAUUUAUCAAGAACUACGUGCCUCUUGACUGGCCCACCUUCUUGGACGAAUUCUUACAUGGGGACUGUUACUAUGGUAGUUGGUUUGAAUACGAGAAAGAGUGGGAAGAAGCAGCAGGACAAAACUCCGAAAAGAUACUGAUUGUCUAUUAUGAAGAUCUAAAGAAAAAUGGGAUGGAGACGAUGCGACAGAUAUCCAAUUUUCUCGGAACCUCGUCUGAUCCUAAAUUUCUUCAGGCUGUUUAUGAUGAAUGUACAUUUGCGAAAGUAAAAGAAAGAGAAAAGGAUUCAAUAUGGAACUUUAUCUACAGAAAAGGAGAGGUUGGUGAUUGGAAAUCGAUGUUUACCGAGGAACAGAAUAAGAAGUUUGAUCAGGUCUUCAAUGAAAAAAUGAAGGAUUCGAAAUUAAAAAUACAAUGGGAGUAAAUGGUUUUUAACAAUUUUCGAUGGACUUUGUAUAAUUAUCAAAUGUUUCCCGACAUUUAACUUGUAAAGGACGCUUAUGUAUUCCCUUAUAACCUAUAUUAUCACUAUAUCAUAUGGAAUAAUUUGGAAGCAUAAAUUGUAGUUGUGUGUGGCAUUUUUGCGACACUUGUACUGAGUAAAAUGAAGAAAAAAUGUAUAAAAAGGAAACAUUGUUUGCUAAAAUUUAGGUUGUCAACCAUAUAAACAGACGUAAAUAA